GAAGCUUCCUGGAAGCUCACUAUGGCACUCUCAACACACCCAUUUAACAACCGCUCCAUCCCCCCUCUUUCCUCUCAGAAAUUUCUUCUUCUUCUUCUUCUUCUUCUUCUUCUUCGCUUCUUCUUCUUCACAUUCUGGCUUCCGCCAUGAAAUUCAUCCCAAAAAGCCUCUUCCGGUCCGUGUCCAAGAAGAGCCGAUCGAUAUCCCGGUCGGACCCUCUAUCGUUCAACUCAGGCAUCUCGUCUUCUUCUACUUCUUCGUCAGAUUCAUCCUCAUCGACCCACCUCAAAGAAGGCGGUGGUGGUGGUGGUGGUGGUGGUGGUCCAGGUACACCAACUAGUGUUCUUCCUUCUCACACACAACAACAUGUAUCGGGAGAUUGGUCCGAUUUACCGGUCGAUACGACCGUUGAGCUGGUUCAGUCCUUUAAGCUCGUCGACAGAGACGGUGACGGAAAGAUAACAAAGCAUGACCUGGAGGCGCUGCUGGUUCGGCUCGGCAUGGCGCCGGAGAGCGAGGAGGAGCUGUCAAUGAUGUUGAUGGACAUCGAUCGGGAUGGGGAUGGUUGUAUUUCCUUGGAAGAGUUCGGCGCCAUCAGCUCGGUUUUCGGCCCAGCUUGUGGCUCCGAGCUGCACGAUGCUUUCAACUUCUUUGACGCUGACCGUGACGGAAAGAUCUCGGCGGAGGAGCUGUUGAAGGGAUUCCUGGCUAUUGGGGACGACCGGUGCACGUUAGAGGAUUGCAGGCGUAUGAUCGAUGGUGUUGAUACCAAUGGAGAUGGUUUUGUGUGUUUCGACGAUUUCUCGCGGAUGAUGGAACAGCAGAGAUGUUGAUGAUGAUGAUGAAGACGAGGAAUCGAAUCCCGUUAUCGUCGAAUUUCUUUUUGUUCCCCUUUUGUUUUUGUGGUGAUUUGGUUGUUAUGUUAAUAGGUUGGGUUUGGGUGUACACAGUAUAAGAUCUUUUAAAUGAACGAUCGCAGUUGGCCGUUCGAUUGGUUUCGAUCCGAUCGUUCAGUAGGAUUUUGCCGAAAAAGGCCUGUGUAUGUUCUCUACCUUCCUUCCAUGACUUCCUUGCCGUAUAUAUACAUAUAUGAGUUAUCAUUUUAAUUAAACAAAUUAUCAAU